AUGGAAUCACCACAGGAGACACUGCUGCCUGCAUCCACGCUGGCUGCAUAUCAAAAGACGGCGCAGAAGCCGAGCAAUGGUGACGAGUUUGAUGUCCUUGUCAACGUCGUAGGCGUCGCUCUGCGCUGUGUUGUGAACCCCCGAUGGCCAUGUGAAGCGCUGCUUGGAGUAGCAGCUGAAGCUUAUCACGCCUCGUUCAAGGACAGCGAAGUGCCUGAGUGCAACGUGGUUUUCCAUCGCAAGAAGCAGGAAUUUCUGGUGGCGGGGACGCCGAUCUGCGAGUGUUGCGCUCGUGGUGACGAGCUGGAGCUUGGAGUUGCUCUUGCGGAACAUGGCAGUGCUCAGAGUGCAGCCAUGUGCUCUGUCGAUGGUACAAAGGACGGCGCAGUCGAUGGUGCUGGAAAGACGAGUGAGUUCUGUGUGUUGUUUCACAAACUUCCACUUGGAUUCACGAUGAAACGUGGAAAUGAUGGUAACACGGAGGUAGGCACUAUCUACCCCAAGAGCGUAGCGACGCAUUUCUCACGGCUGACACCAGGUGUGACGAUCGUGAGUAUUGCGGGGACCUCGCUCCAAGAUAUGGGACUUCGUCAGGUGCACGAUGUCAUUAAGAAUGCGACACUUCCGCUGGAUAUCCACUUCCGAGGACCCGAGCUGCUGGUGACAUCGUCAAUAUUGCCUGACCCUGUGCAGCACCAAGUACCAUCUCCACCACCGCCAGCACCGGCUGCUGCGCCCUCGGCUUACUUGCAGCAGAAGGAAGGGUGUCAAGGAAAGUCUGCUGAUCGUCACGUUGGUUGGAGCAGCAGCAGCAAUGAAAGUGGUCCCAGCCGAAACUUGCUUCGUAGCCAAAGUGGAGAAAAGUAUGGGGUUGGUCACACACAUCAACAUAGGCUUGAUAACCAGCUGGAGCGCACGCAACGGCCUGACGCACGUGUGCCGAACCGACGUCCUGGACUAGAAAAUAAUGGGGCAGCCGCACUUGUCCAGCAAAUAGAGCAGCUCAAGGUGGCUUUGCUGCGUAAGCACGAAGAAGCGAAGCAGAUCGCGCGUCAGCUUGAGUUAUGCUCCGAAAAGCUACUAGCCCUUCGUGGCGAAACGAGCGGUACUGCAACAUUCCGGCAACAGCCGCAGCAGCAGCGAAGUGCGAGCACCAAGCACAGUGAUGCGACUCGUUCACAUCUUGCAGCAGCAAGAUCGGUGAGCAGUGGUAGGUCCAACUUUCGACUGACGCCGGAGGUAUUGGAGGCCAUGGACCAGCGAGCUGGUCUACCUCGACGUGGUGCGGGAGCCUACGCUUCGUCAAACAUCUCAUCGGUAUCGGGGUAUUCAGCGCAAUCCAUGCCUGUGGCUCGCUCUGCUAAUAUCCGUGCACGAACGGCUCGUGCUGCGACUCUCACGAACGCCGACAACGUGUCGGUAUCGUCCAACACGUCGAACUCAUCAGCUCAGUCUGCUCGAAGGGGAGCUAUCCAUUCGCCGCGCGGAGCCAUGCACAAGAAUCUGACCAAGCGGUACAACUAUAUGCCACAGAAGUACGAGGCAAUUACCACGAGUGCGUCGGAGGUUGGGGCUACUUCACUGUCAUCCCGCGGAGCCGUAAUGUCACGUGCUCGGGUUCCACGUGACUCGUUCAUUACCAAGAGCGAGAGUCCAGGUGUUGGCUACUACGACGUGAAGGUGAAGGAUCGUGUCAAAGGAGGCGAAAUCGGUGAUUCUGAUCGCUCACUGCCAUGGUCUUGA